CUUAUCAGUAAAUCAUCACACGUGCAACCCGAAGUAUUCAGUAUAAUGUCAUCAUCAUCGAUAUGCACUAUGUCUUAUCAAAGGUAGAUAACUCUCGUAGCCGUGUGAACAGAGAGGUCAUCUUUGCCGAGAGUUGUCGUUGCUGACUACCUUGACACAAUGCACGUGCUGCUGGCCACAUUGUGUCUGCUCCACCUAGCGGCGGCCGGCAUAGACACAACAGUCUGCACUACUCCAUAUGGUCAGCAACACACUCGGCCAUCUUUACCCCAGCAGUUUGAAGUCCACGUAGAGUGCAACUUCCUCGACCUCAACACCACCACAGAAGUUCACGAAUACUACGACGACAUCAACAAUAGGGGUGAAGUGCGCGUCAGCGACUUCGGCGUCAAGUUGUGGGCCUACUACAGCUACGAUACAAAUGAACUCAUUUCCAUACUGCCAGACAAAAGCCUCUGCUAUGUGGAAGACCUACAAAAGAACAGUCAGAGGUACCUGUUUGGUUAUCAGAGUAAGAACGGACAGGGUCACAUCUUCUCCGCUAGCGGCGCCCUGCACUUCGGCGAGGCAAACACCGUGGAGGUGUUCCAGGGGUCCGACGUCGUGCGCGGCAUCAAUGUGCAGAAGUGGUACUCCUGUCUGUACUGGGCAGGCAUGGACGCCACCAUGAAUGUCACGUGGUACUUCUCAGAAAAGUUAAGACAAGUCAGAAUGUACUCCCACGUGAGGUUCAGAUACGUCAUGCUGGGCUUCCAGGUGAGGUUCAGACAUGUCACACUGUACUCCCAGGUGAGGUUCAGACAUGUCACACUGUACUCCCAGGUGAGGUUCAGACAUGUUACACUGUACUCCCAGGUGAGGUUCAGACAUGUCACACUGUACUCCCAG